AUGGAAGAGGAGAAAAUAGAGCUCAGACAAAUGGAAAAAACCUGGGAGAAUAACCCCAAAAAGGUUGCUAAACCAGGCAGCACAUUUGAGAGAAUCAUCCAGCCAUGCAUUGGAGAGCUUGUAGGAACUAUGUUUUUUGUCUUCAUUGGAUGUGUGUCUGUGAUUGAGAAUGUGGAGGCAGCAGGACGGCUACAGCCAGCGCUGGUUCAUGGUUUGGCAGUGGCGGUGAUGAUUGCGUGUAUGGCUGAGAUCAGUGGAUCUCAUUUCAACCCACCCUUCACCCUCGCUAUUUACCUGUGUGGAGGCAUGCAGCUGGUGAUGGUUUUCCCGUAUAUUAUCAGCCAGAUAAUUGGAGGUGUGCUGGGCGCUGCCAUGUCAAGGGUCAUGACAUCAACAGAGAACUAUGUUAAUGCUACCGGUGCAGCUUUCACUAUUGUACAAUCAGAGGACCAACUAUUACGAGCUGUCUUUGCUGAGAUGACCAUGACGUGCUUGGUGACCAUGGUGGUGCUGCUUGGGGCGGUAAAUGGGAAAAGCAAGAGUCCCAUGGUGCCUUUUAUGGUGGGCUGCACCGUGAUUGUCAACAUCCUGGCCGGAGGGGAUGUCUCUGGUACCUGUUUAAACCCAGCGAGAGCUUUGGGACCAGCAUUAAUAGCUGGUUACUGGAGUUAUCACUGGGUAUACUGGGUUGGCCCUAUCGGAGGUGGUUUGAUAGCUGCAGCCCUUGUAAGGCUUCUUCUUGGAGAUGAGAAGAUCAGAGUUAUUAUGAAAUGA